CUUAAAAAUGGAAUUAAUUUAAAGUUAAGUAUUAUAAAUGAAGAUAAAUAUGAGCAAAAUAUUAGAAUAAUAUUAAAUUAUGGUCAUACAUACCAUUGGUCUUGCAAUAGAAUUUGCAAGUCAAGGUAAAUUAUUGCAUGGAGAAUUUGCUAUUGGUAAGGUUUUGGCAAAUGUGUUGGCUAAAGAACAUAGAAGAAAUAAUUUAUCGUAUGAGAAUAGAAUUAGAAUUUGCUUUUAAAAUAUGAAUAACAUAUUGAAAUUCCAGAACUUGUAAAUAUACAAGAUGUUUUAAAAUAUUUAAAAGAUGAUAAAAAAGUUGUUAAACACGGGGUCGGUUUUGUAUUUAUUUAAGAAAUUGGCUAACAUAAAUUUAAUACUACUCCUAUUAAAAUGGAUAUGA